AUGCAGCAGCAUCAGACCCAAGCCGCUUCUUUGAAGGAGCAGCCCCGCAGUCUUCUCCUGGGACCGGAUGGCACCCCAGUACUGUCACGGAAUCUCGGUAUGACUAUCACCCAAAGAGGAAAUUCUCAGUCUUCAUUGAAUACUGCUGGAGCUGUUAAUAAAUUUGGACUAAUUUCAGGAGACAUGGAUGAAGGGGAUUCAGGCUUUAUAAAAUUCAAGCAGACUUCAGAUGAUGUUGUCUCGCUUGCACCUUCAACAGCAGACUCCAUUUUUCUGGAAGAUGCAUAUUCUGUAUCCCUCCGAAGUGAAAUAGAAACAGAUGCUCAUGAGUUUGAGGCAGAGUCUUGGAGUGUUGCUGUGGAACAGUCUUAUGCAAAAAGGCAAAAGAAAGACGUUAUGAAAAGGCAAGAUGUCAUUUAUGAACUAAUGCAGACUGAAAUGCACCAUGUUAGGACACUGAAAAUAAUGCUGAAGGUCUACUCCAAAGCCAUGAGAGAGGAACUGCAGUUCCCGAAUGCAGUCAUCAACAAGCUCUUCCCCUGUGUGGAUGAGCUGCUGGAGAUGCACGGGCAAUUUCUGCUCCAAUUAAAGGAGCGACGAAAGGAAUCCUUGGAGGAAGGCAGUGACCGAAAUUAUAUAAUCCAGAACAUUGGGGACCUCUUGGUAAAACAGUUUUCAGGUGAAAAUGGAGAGAGAAUGAAGGAAAAAUACAGUGUGUUCUGUUGUGGACACAAUGAAGCUGUUAGUCACUAUAAAGACCUGCUCCAAAGCAAUAAGAAGUUCCAAAACUUAAUAAAGAAAAUCGGCAACUGUUCCAUUGUGAGGAGACUUGGUGUUCAGGAGUGUAUCCUCCUGGUGACACAGCGCAUCACCAAAUACCCCGUCUUGGUGGAACGUAUCAUUCAGAAUACAGAGGCUGGAACUAGAGAUUAUGAAGAGCUGACCCAGGCCCUUAGUUUAAUUAAGGACACAAUCACUCAUGUAGAUGCCAUGGUAAAUGAGUGUGAAAAGGAACAGCGCCUUAAAGAGAUUAUGCAUAAAAUGGAGCUAAAAUCAUCUGGGAAAUGCAAGAAUGGGCUUUUCUUCCGGAAGGAUGACAUGGGACGGAGGCGGCUUCUGCUGGAUGGGAUGCUGUACUGGAAAGCUGCAUCAGGGCGACUCAAAG